UAGAUAGCCUAUCAAAUUGGACCAUAAAUCACCAGCUAUGAUGCGACAGGUAAUCUCCGUGUUCUUCAUAUGUGCAACAAUCCUAUAUGCCAAGGCUGUGCCACCACGAUGCACAAGAGCAGAUAUUAAGAAGCUAAAUAGCACAGUAAUUCACUCGAAGAGCGAACUAACUGAAGCAUUCAAUAGCAAAUUACAAGUGAUCAAGAAUGACAUAAAAUCCGAACUAGCCAAUGAAAUUGGCAAUCUCUCCGACAAACUUACCAAUGAAAUUAACCAAAAUGAAGAAAAACUGAAAAUUGAUGUGAAUAUUGUGAAUGCUGAAGUGCUUAAAGUAAACAAUAAACUGGACCAGAUCAAAAAUGACAUCAAAGGAGAACUGAAUGAUGAAAUCGAUCAGCUGACUGGAAGUAUUAAUCAAAAAUUUGAUGAUCUGAAUAAAAAGCUGAUUGAAGCAUUCAACAGUACACUAGUUCAGAUGAAGAGUGCCAUUAAAACUGAACUUACAGUAGAAAUCAAUCAAAAUGAAGAUAAGCUGAAUGGGCUGAAGACACAACUGACAAAAACAACUAAUGAACUGAGUGAUUGUGCAUGUGAGAGGAAACGACAGAGAAGUCUAAUCUACUAUGCUGGCCCUUACAUCUACACAUUUGCUGCUGCAAAGGCAUACUGUAAAAGUAAGGGUCAUAAGAUAGCCACACCAGCACAAAUACAAGCAGCCUUUGACUUGGGAAUGUCGGAAUGCAAUUGGGGAUGGGUUGAAGAUGGAAGCCUUAGGUCUCCACAACAGAUGCCAUUUACAAACAACUGGUGUGGUAAACGUGGACUUAAUACUUGGCUGAAUUAUGAUCAAUUGAAAAAAAGAGGAGUCUAUUGUGCUACAAACCCAGGUCCAUAACAGUAAUAUUACACAAACUAAGCAACAUUAUUACCACCUUGCCGGUGUAAAAGGGUAGGAGGUCCUAUCAAAGGCUUUGUAUAAAAAACCUCCU